CCGCAGCCCGCCCCCCGACGCCGCCAUCCUACCCACCUCCCGUCUCAGCCGGAGGCCCGAGGCCUAUCCUCCGCACAAGCCCUAGCAACAGCUCAGCAUUCGUCUGUAUCCCGCAGCGAGGAGUGGAGGCGCGCGGGAGCGAUUCGCCGCAUCUAGGCGCCACGGCUGCGACCGCGCGCCCUCCGGCGCCUCCCGCCGCCGCGCUCGUAGCACGGCCCCGACGGAUGCUCGGCCGCUUCCCCAUCGUCCUCCGCCUCCCGCGCGGCAUACUGCGGGGAAGCAGCUGCCGCCGAGGCCUGUCGGCAAUGGCCGGAGGCGACGAGGAGGGCCCGCUCGGAGAUUUCUUCGAGUACAUGGAGCGGCUGCGCAACUACGAGCGCUCGGGCGUGCCGCGAGGCGCCGGAACAGACUCUGACGACGGUUUCGACCUAGGCCGCAUGCGCCGUCUCCUCCGCCGGCUCGGCGACCCCCACGCCCACUUCCCCGCUGUGCAUAUCGCCGGAACCAAGGGGAAAGGUUCUACUGCUGCAUUCCUGUCCAAUAUCAUGAGGGAGCAAGGCUACAAUGUGGGCUGUUAUUCCAGCCCACAUCUUCUAACGAUACGUGAACGAAUUUCUGUUGGAAAUGAUGGAGGACCUGUCCCAGUUAGACUCUUAAGUGAUCUUUUUGAUCAGGCUAAGGAAGCUAUUGAUGAAUCAAUAGAAUCAGAAAAUGGAGCCCUGACACAUUUUGAGGUUUUUACUGCUCUCUCAUUUCUUCUAUUCUCACGAGAAAAUGUUGACAUCGCCAUCGUUGAAGCAGGCCUUGGUGGAGCUAGAGACGCCACAAAUGUCAUACAGAGUACUGAAUUAGCAGCAUCUGUCAUAACAACAGUAGGGAGCGAGCAUCUGGCUGCAUUGGGUGGCUCCCUGCAAAGCAUAGCAAUAGCAAAAUCUGGAAUCAUCAAACAAGGACGACCAGUUGUGAUUGGUGGACCAUUUUCAGCGGACAUUGAGCAAAUUAUUCGUGACAGAGCAUUCUUGACACAAUCUCCCGUGAUAUCUGCUUGUGAUCCUGGAAUCAAGAGUAUUACGAAAUGCGUAGAUUGGGAUAAUGGAAAGCCAUAUCAAUGCUGUGACAUCAGCAUCAAGAUUUCAAAUGAUAUGCCAUUGUCCAUUGAAUUGUGUGACGUAAACCUUCAGCUGCUGGGAGAUCAUCAGCGCCAGAAUGCUGUUACAGCUUCUUGCACAGCACUAUGUCUCCGUAACCUAGGAUGGGAUAUUUCCGAGGCUUCAAUCCAAGCUGGCUUAGAGGAAACGCAACUUGCUGGGAGAAGCCAGAUUCUUACACAAGAGGAAGCCUUGGUGCUUGGGCUUGAUGGAGCAUCCACCGUACUUAUCGACGGAGCCCAUACCGAGGCAUCAGCAAAGACCUUGUCAAACAUGAUAGAGAGUAUCAGACCAGAAGGUCCUCUGGCUCUUGUUGUUGGAAUGGCUAAUGACAAGGCGCAUUUUGCAUUUGCUGAACAGCUUCUAGCAGGUUCAAGGCCAGAUGUGGUGUUGCUGACGGAGGCGAGCAUCGCUGGAGGUGCCUCCCGCGCCAUGCCAGCUCUGUUGCUGAAAGAAAUAUGGAUGGCUGCGGCACGUGACCUGGGCAUCAAUUGUGUGGAUAUCGGCACCAUCAGCGGUGCCGAGGCUCAAGAGCGCAUUGCAAACCUGGCUGCAUCUUCAUCGAGCUUCGCUGGAAAACCCAUGGUGAUGAUUGGGUGCCAGGACGACACGACACCGUUCUCCUGCAAUCUGAUCAGGGCCGCUUCUCAGCUCAUCCUUGAGAGCAGAGGCAGUGACGAUCCAUCUCCAGGCCUCGUCUGCGUGACUGGCUCCCUGCAUUUGGUUGCAUCUGUACUGCAGCAUCUGGAGCGGCAUUAGCGCAUGCUGGUUGCCUGGUUCUGGAGGAAUGAUUGGAUAUCAUAUACUGGGAGCUGUUCCAGUAGAACUAUAGAAGAGUGGCAUGAACCGAUGGAUGGAUCCACGGUUGUGCAGAUUGGUUGAGUGCUGAAGGCCUGAAGCUGUACCUGCGCACGGCUGGUGCAGAUGGAUCGGUUCACGGCUGUGCUGAAGUAGUGAAGUAGGAGUGGUGGUGCGUGUGCCUGCUCCUGGCCGAGGAUUCGAGAUGGAAAAGAUCUUCAACUCUUUCCUGUUGUUUUCUUUCUUUUUUUUGUUGAGAUUCCAAGAUGGAUCUUGCUAUCGUGUGCAUUUCCGGAUGGUCAGUUCCGUGAGCCCAGCUAUCAUGCAUGUGACAUCCUUAGACUUUGAGCCUUUGAGGUUUAAGGAGCGCUGGGAAUCCAA